AUGGAAUCAGUGAAACCAUCAGCAGUAACAACCCCAAGCAAGAAACUAGCUAGAAACUUUGCGAAAGUUCUUCAUCUCAGAGCAUUUCUGAAGAAUGUUACUAUAUCUGAAACAAAUCCAAAAGAUGAAACAACUGCAAUCAAUUGGUCUGAAUCAUUCAACAAAGUUGAUGAAGAUGAAGAGCUUCAAGAGCAAAGAGUUGCAACAGAAGCACUUCUCGCGAAGGUUUUCGCUAGCGUUUCGACUGUUAAAGGUGCUUAUGCUGAGUUACAGCAUUUUCAAUCACCUUUUGAUCCUGAUGGAAUUGAAGCUUCUGAUAAACUGCUAGUUUCUGAGCUGAAGCAUUUGUCUGAGCUAAAGCAGUGUUACUUGAAGAAACAGUUUGAUCCUUCACCGGAGAAAGCCAUACUUGAAGCUGAAUCGAAGGAGACUAAAGGUGUUAUAAGAACCUAUGAGAUUACGGCGAAGAAGUUGGAGUCACAGGUUAGGCUCAAAGAUUCUGAGAUUAUGUUUCUUAAAGAGAAAUUAGUGGAAGCUAAUAGUCAUAACAAGUUAAUCGAGAAAAGAUUGAAUCAAAGUGAAUCGUUGUCUUCUCUAGAUAAUAAUGUUCACAUAUCAGGGUUAAGUCCUAGCCAUUUUGCUAGCAUUCUUCGUCACACGGUUAAAUCGAUUAGAAACUUUGUGAGGUUAGUUGUUGGUGAAAUGAGAUCUGCAAAAUGGGAUAUUGAUGCUGCUGUCGAUGCUAUCGAACACAAUGUUGUUUACUUCGUAGAAGAUCACAAGUGUUUCGCAAUCGAAUCCUUUGUUUGCAAAGAAAUGUUUGACGCGUUUCACUUCCCAAAUUUCAAUCUUCCGAGUGAGUUACUUCCAGAUGACAGAACCAAUCAACAAAACUGGUUCUUUCAGAACUUCAACGAGCUGAAAUCAACAAAAGUUAAAGACUUUCUUACCGCGAAACCACGUUCAUCUUUUGCCAAAUUCUGCAAGAACAAAUAUUUGAGACUGGUUCAUCCGAAAAUGGAGGUAUCGUUUUUCGGAAACAUGAAUCACAGAAACUUUAUAAGCAAUGGCGAGUUUCCAAAAAGUGAUUUUUUCGCAGCCUUUGGUGAAAUGGCGAAAAGGGUUUAUCUAUUACAUUGUUUAGCAUUCUCAUUUGAAGAUCAAGCUGAGAUAUUUCAAGUUUCAAAAGGGUGUAGAUUUUCUGAUGUGUACAUGGAAAGUGUGAACGAUGAAAUCUUCAUGUGUGCAAAUUCAGACAAGACAACAACAAUUGUUGAACCAGAAGAAGAACCUGUUGUUGGUUUCACCGUUGUUCCUGGUUUUAGAAUUGGUAAAACUUUUUUACAGUGUCUAGUUUACCUCAUGCAGAAGAAAAGUUCAUAG